AGAAAGACUUUAUUCUAACUUUAGACUAUAUGUAUAUAGCCGUCUGCCGAUACAGAGCAUUUUGAUCGAUGUUUAAUUGUAAACUUGACUUUAUCACUAAAGGAGAAUUUUUUAUAGCUAUUUUGUAUAACUAUUUUUUUUUCUUGUGUAUAUGUUUUAGGCCAAUAAACAUGAUAUCAUGAUUAGAUAAUUUUAUAAUCAGAAACAGUUAAAGGCCGGAAUGGAAAUUUAUUCAUAAUUUAUACAAAGAACGAAGACAUAAUUCGUUCAACCAGAAAUUAUAUAUUUAGAAAUACAAAAGAAAAAAAGUUUUGCUGAUGAUGAUCGUAGCCACAUCUUUUGAAAACGACCCUUUUAAUUAUCCAUUAUUUCAUUUGAUUGAAAAUUAUAUAAAUUUCUUGUAGAGACUCUCUUUUUAUUCGUCAAUCCUAAUAUACUUUCUAUUUGUUAUAUAUUUAUUGAACAUGAUACCAACUCAUUCAGAAAAUUAAUGAGCAUAUAUAUAAAAUUAAUUUUUAAUGUUGUGAGUAUAUAUAUACACCUAAAAUAUUGGAAAAGCAUACACGUAUUACCACGAAGUUGUAGAGGUCGCUACCGUUUAAUAUUUGGAAACUUAUAGUUUCAGCCUUCAGGAUUAGUUUAGCACCAGUUGGCAACCUUACGUAAAUAAUUCUAGCUAUGCCACGGUCGGAUGUUGUGGGCCGUGAAUGCAGUAAAAGAGAUAGAGGUUACUGUUGUAAUUUUUUUUUUAAUCUAAACAUGAUAAAAUACAUAGGGAUCCGAGUAACUGGACACUGAUCUUAAGUAUUUUCACUAAAACAAUAUGUUAAAAGAAUAAAGUUUGCCAUCGAACACAUAGACAUUGAUGUAAAGAAACAAAACAUUUCAGAAGAAUCUUGGAAGUAUUAAGUACAACUCUUUAGGAAUGCCCUUUGAGUUACGUUUUCAGUUUAUGAUAAGCCUUCAAAUUCAUUUGAACUCUUACAUUGUUAGUCAAGAAUCUAUUUCACUAGAAUAAUAAUUAAAAGAAUAAAUUCACUUAGAAUGAACGUACGGGGAUCUUGUAUUAAUCUUUUUAUGAAUCUUAAUUCUUGCUCUGUUUACUUCUAUAUCUAGUGACUAAUCACGACAUGUUAUAAGAACUUGGACAUUUCAAUGAAAAUUUAAUUAUUGAUUUGAAAAAUAUUGGGUUCAAACUGAUUUUCAGGAAAUAUUAGAAUGUUCAAUAAACUAAUUUUACAACUUUUUAUUAAAUUUUCUUGUAGAAAUACAAGCAAAGUUUUUUGUUUUCUAAAAACUCAUAGGGGUCAGUUCAGUUGACCCCUUCCCUUCAAUGUAUCACCGCCGCUGACAAUCAAUAUCAAGCUCGGUUUAGGGAAUACCAGCACUACUAUUGAUGGUAAAACUACGUGAGCUGCUCGAAGUUUCCAACCCACGGAUUGGAUAGUCAAGACACAACACGUUUUCGUCUUACCAAACAAAUUAAUAUUCCGACAACACUGACGUAUUUAUAAUAACUGAAAAGAAAUGGUAAACCUUUGAAAAAAAGAAGCAAAAAUUGAAUAUGAUAUUCAAAUCAAUUGCGUAUGCAACUCAGAGAGACCCUUGGUUAUCGGAACAAGUAAUUCGUUAAGACUUUCAAUUUUUUUUUUUUUUUUUUUGAGAAAGAUAAGACUUUCAAAAUUGGCAUAUGAUUUUCAAAUACUUUUUUUGUCUCGUCGUAUCCAUUUAAUUUAACGAUUCGAUUUGUACGCCUUAAAAAAAAAACAGAAAACUCGAUUCAGCACAUAUAUGACACUAGACCACUUGCUAAGGAGAUUAUAACUAGAAAAAGGCAAACUAUAUUUAAUUAAAAUUUGUAGUACUGGUACUCAUUUCUUGUUUCUAAAAGAACUGAGAAUGAUUCUCAAGUUAUCAUCACAAUGAUGAAAUAAAUGAAGAUUUGACGUUGAACGGAUGAAACACGUAUAAAUAGAGGUCUACACGGAUCAUAUGAAACACAAUCCCAUUUUGUUCUCUGAACUGAUAAUAACAUAUUAACAUACAAGAUUACUAUUGUGGAAGAUGUACAAACUAAUACCUCACGUGUUAUUAUUGUUACUAGUCACUCAUGCGUACACCUAUGUCUCAGCCGUCCAUCUCCAACCCGAUUCCAUGACAGGAACUGAGGUAGAUUUCCCCGGUUGGCGGCGAGAGCUUCGAGGCGGAGGUGGCGGAGGAAGCAGUGGUGGUGGAAGUGGUGGUGGUGGAGGAGGUCGUGGUGGUGGUGGUGGAAGUAGUGGCGGUGGAGGAGGUCGUGGUGGUGGUGGAGGUGGUAGCAGUGGUCGAGGGGGUGGUAGUGGUGGCGCUGGGAAUCGUCGAGGCGGUAGCAGCGGUCGAGGAGGAGGUAGUGGUGGUUCUGGUGAUGGAGGAUCUUCUGAGAGCGGUAGCGGUGGGGGCGGCAGUGGGGGAAAUGGUAAUGGCGGUGGUAGCAGCGGUGGCGGUCACAUUACAAGAAGCGGCGGUGACUGCCUCAAACACUGGGGCUUGACGGGUACUCUAUUAUCUAUCGUCUUCGUAAGCUGUUUGAUCUUUAUAAAUUAAAACAGAAAUUACAUGUAAUUAAAAAUAGACUUUGAUAACAAUGUCUUUGGUGCUAAAGUUUGCUUUAUUGUACAGUUGUAAUGUAUUGUGUUUUGACUAUUAUUUUGCACAUAUGUAUUUUAAAAAUGUUCUAAUAUUAAAGCAAGGGCAUUGCAUGAACAAUUAUCUCCUCUCAUAGUACAAAAUGUUACUAUUUAAAUCGGUAGUUGUAAUAUUUGAUUCCAGCUACUAGAUACAGAAAAGAUCAUAAACAGAACAUGCCCUCCAUUGACAUGGAAUAUAAACUCUUUCAAGCUUCUUAUAGUCCAGGCAGAUCCUUCUGUGCUAGAUGUUUCGUUGCCGUCGAGACUCAAAGAACAGUUAGUGUUGUCACGCGAAUCUCCAACCUCAUUUUAAUCUCAAUCACAGGCUCGCGCUCUCCAAUCUCUACAGAAUUGAGAUUAUAAUAAUCGAGAAGAAAUGGUAAACGUUUGAAAACGACGCAAGAAUUGAACAUAAUUUUAAAAAUCAAUUUCGUUGAAAUUCAAUGAGAUACUUGGUCGUUCGCUGCUACUAUAAUACGACAUUUUCAAAUUCGACCACUUAUACGAGUUCUAAAUUCGGAAAACUAGAUUCACCACAUGUUUGUGUAAUAAUAAAACUAAAUAUAUUUAUACAAAGUUGAGCAGUUCUUCUUCUUAGGGAGAGUGGUCAUCGUACAGAGAGUCGAUGACGGUGGUAAAAACCGGUGAAAUAGUAGAUCUAACCGAAGGAAAGACUGUGAGAAAGAGAGGUUAACAUCAUCACCCGACUAGUCUACAGAAGCAUAGAGGUCUUGGCCGGAGAUUAACAAUACAAUUUUGAUUGGUUUUGGGUUUUAGAGUU